AUGAGACCUCGUAUUUACCCAGUUACAGAAGAUUUUAUAAAUGCCAAAAUAACAGCUAAACUUGCUAAGAUGGGGGACGAAACGAGUACCGGCACAAUGAAUCAACCUGCUGGUGGAAACAGAGGCCUAAAGAGAAAGGAAACAUUUGAAGCGAAAAAAGAAAAGAGUGUGGCUAAAAGAAACAGGACCACUGCGUCUUCAAGCUCAUCGACCCUGAUUUGCAAGUCUUGUGAUACAAGUGGUCAUUCUUCUGCGAGAAGUAAAUUGUGCCCUAACCAUAACUAUACCUUACAAGAAUUGAUCGAAAAGGAUCUUGGUGCUAAAAAUCAAAGAUAUACUAUAUCUCUUCCAUUAAAGGGCUUUUUAAAUGAAACAGAUGAUGAUGAUGACCGAUUACAGAAGGCCGUAAACAAGAUCCAGGAUCUAUCUAGUUUCUUACGUCUUGUUUUGUUUAAAGCUCAAAUCUUUGUCAAUGACUACAUUUUACAAUACCCCAAUAAUUUGUCCAAUGAAUUUUUUCAGCAAAAUUUCUGGUAUUCAUUGUGUAGAGUGGUUUGUAAACAGCUGUCGAUCAAAGACUUUCAGUUAAAGUAUGCCAAAAUUCACCACUUGGAAGACGUAUGGAUGGAGCUUAAUAAUCUAGAGGGAGUAAACUUAAACGUGGAAAAAGAUGGGCUGAAAAAUUAUGGUCAAGUGCUUGCAACUGCAUGUGAAACUACUGCUACGUGUUAUAAUAACUAUUACAUUGAGAAUUUUCAGAACAUUAUCUGCAACUAUUUCAUUUAUAUGAUUUGUAAAGAAUUUCCUGACGUUAAAAAAUCUGUCAUAAGGAAACUUGUAUAUGAACAUGUUUUAGAUCAAGUACUAUCAUCUGAUCCUGUUACCGUUCUAAAUGAUGAUAUCCUCCCACCAUUAAGCCAAGAAACAAAAAAUGGUUUACAGGCAUUUAUAAACCCUUUAAUUGUGGAGCUCAAGAACCGCUUGCCAUCGUUCACAAUUACAAAGGCAACUCAGAAUACUGCCCCUUUUGGUAUUUUACCGGCAUUAAGACACAUUCUAUCCAAGUAUGAAUCAAUCAUUGCGGAAAAUUCUACUUUACAGAAGCAUGACUCAGAACCAGGAAGACCUCAAGAUACGGUUCAAUCUGAUGAGAAAAAGAAGAAAGAUGAUAAAGCAAAGUAUUUCGUACUGCCGAGAAUAUUUAGCCUGUUUCCCAAUCCAGGUUUGCAGUGGCGCUUUAUCAAAAUCGAUAGUCAAAACGUUACUGGUAUAUUCCCUGGCUCAAAGUUAAAGAAAGAAAAGGACGAGACUUUAUUUAGCUUCACACAAAGGUAUUUUUAUGAUUGUUUUAACUUUGCCAAGCUAAAAAUUAGAAGCCUUAAAGAUCUGAAGGAGCUGCCUGCAACCAACGGCAAGAUGUUUUUGAACGGGAUGUACACCGAUGGUUAUACUUGCCGCUUACUAUUCUGUCGUCGUACUGAACCAUUUUCGUCAACUAAAAGCAUUGCCCUAGAACUCGAUGACUUUAACACUGACGAGGUAAAUACUUAUUUUAGGCCAUGUACUGUUGAUCCCGGAAGGAAGGAUGUGUUUGUAUCCUACCAUGGAGACAAUGAUGUGAGACGUCUUUCUUCAAAAGAAUACUACAAUAUGGGCGGUGUUACGCAAAGGCAUAAACAGGAACAAGAACUCAAGAAAAGCUUGGGAAUUGAUCAAAUUGAGACCAAUAUCCCCUCACCUAAAACCGCGUCUCAUGAUACCUAUAUACUGUACAUUACGUAUAUUCUCCAACAUAUUGAUACACUUUUUAAUUUCUACGGGUUUAGAACUACCAAUAGUAGAUGGUGUAAUUAUAUCGCAUCACAAAAGAGUAUAGAGGACGCCGUUAAUAUCCUUUUAAAUGGAUCAACAAAGUACAACAAGAAAAGAAGGAAAACUAAGAAGAAGAGUAAAAAGCGAAGGAGAUCUAAAAUAGUUGACUCUUUAAAAUCUAAACCGAAAAUUAUCAAAAGAGAACAUAAAGAGAAAUUCGAAGAAGGGGAUCGUAAUAAAAUGCCUUUAAUCAUCUUUGGCGAUGGACUCAAGAACAAAAGCCAAACAAAGUUUAAGGGUUUGCGCUCCGGUGUAACGGACAAGCUUUAUCGACAAUUGAAAAGAAGAGAGAAGCUUGGAGAGUUACUUCUUGUUGAUAUUAACGAGUUUAAAACAUCAAAGUCACACAAAGUAGAAAAUGGUCUGUUAUAUUUACCUUCGCUCGAGGCAAAAGAAGAAACACAGCACAUAAUAAUACACAAGGAGACUGAAAAGACUUGCAAUCAAAUACAUUUGACAGAUAACAAUGAAACUUACAAUAGAUUCACCUCUGAAAUCUGCAGAAAAUAG